CCUCUCCCUCUCCCUCUCGUCUCUUGUUUUAGAGUCCUUAUAAAAACUCCAGUUCCCAUACUGAGUAGGGAUUUGGGUUACGCAGGUGUGUGUACUUGUCAAAAUUCAGUGAGAUUUGUGGAUUUCAUUGUACAUAAGUUAACCUCAAAAGAAAAAUUAAAUAUUGAACUCUAGAGAUAUGCAUACUGAAGUAUUUAGGGGAAAAUAAACCAAUGUUUUUAAUUUAUUUUGAACUUAGAAAAAUUAGAUUAGUAGAUGAAUAGAGUAAUAGGUGGAUGUGAGAUAAAUCAAAUAUAGUAAAAUAUUAAUGGUAAGAUCUGGAUGUUCAUUGUAAAUUGUUCAACUUUGCUGUAUGUUAGAGACUUUUCAUAAUAAAAUGUUGGAGAAUAUAUAAUCAGGAUUUUUUGACAUCUAUAUAAAAGGAUAAUGGAAUAGAUUUCUGUAAAAAGUAGCUUCUUUAUGUCAGACAUGGUAAAUAUUUGUUUUCAGCCAUUUUGAAAAAACCAUACAUUUAAAUGAAACCAACAAGAAGGAAAUAGAUGUUUAGAUAAAAGGAGAAAUCAAAGAUGUUUAUAGUAGAAUAACCUGAUCUAGUUGAGGAGAGAAUAGGGCCUAGAAGGAUUUUAAGGAAGUUACAUUUAAGCUGAGACAGGAAUUAACUAGUUGACAAAGGGUCAUCCCAAUUACUAUUGCUGGGUAAUAAGCCACCCCCAAAACUUAAUGGCUAAAAACAAUCAUUUUAUUAUGUUUAUGGAUUCCGUGAGUCAAAUUUGGACAUGGCAUAGUUGGGGACAAUUUGUCUCUGCUUCAUGGUGUCUAGAGGUUCAACUGGGAAGACUCAGGUGAUUCGACAGCUGGAUAUGGAACCUCUGGAGCUUCUUCACAAAAAAUCUGGCAACCAGGGCUCAGAUGAUGAGCUGGAAUUAUGGCUGUAGUGCCUACACAUAAUUUCCAUGUGGCUUGGGCUUCCACACAGCAUGGCUACCUCAGCAUAGUUGCAUUUCUCACUUGAUGCCUCAACAACUCUAGAGCUAGUCAUUCCAGUGGACAAGAAAAAAGCUGCAUUGUCUUUUACUACCUAGCCUUGGAAAUCAUGUAGUGUUCAUUCUACUAUUCUUUAUUGGUGGGAGUCGUCACAGUCCUGCCAAGAUUCAAAGAGAAGAGGGCAUAUUCACCUUUUCAUGAGAGGCAUGUCAAAGAAUUUGCAGCCACCACAGAGGUAAAGGGACAGGGCUUGUGGAGAAUACACCAGAUAGGGUGAACAUCAUGUGGGAAAUAUCUGUGAUGCGAGUGAGGUCUGCAAGUUCAAUAAAUUGAAAUAAGUAACUUUAAAUUGACCUUCUCCCAGCACCCCCUUUCCCCGGUCCCUGCUUAAUUUUUAUCCAUAGACCUUAUCACCUAAUAUUCUAAAUUUUUAAAUAUUUAUUCACUGUUUUCUCCCACUAGUUUUUGAGUUCAUUCUGGGCAGGGAAUAUGUUCCCUUGUUUUGGUUACUGAUAUUUCCACAAAUUAAGUUUUUGAAUGAAUGAGUGCAUGGAUCAAGGAUGUACCUUCUGAGGUGAGAGCUUUGUUGAGGGCAUGACCAAUGGGAGAGUCUUCUUGGAAAGGGCGUUGUUACACAGUGUCUUCUGAGCCUGGCCCAGUCAGCGAUGGGAACAAUUGAGAUUGGCCUUAUGGGAGGCAUGUCAUGUUCUGGCAUUGUAGGCUAAACUUAUUCCUAGGAAAAAGGAGUCCAGGCUGGAGGCAGGCCUGUAAUAAGCAUCAGAGAAGGCGAGGAAAAUGUCAGUGGGUAGGGCGAGGCCUAGUCGCAGAAUGCCUAGGGUUAUACCAUACAGGGCAACUGAGGCAGUGGAAACCGUCGAUGGGCGAAAGUCUUCAGUAUUCUGUGGGCGGGGGCAGGACUGACAAGAUGAGAUUAGAGGUUUGAAAGGUUGAAAAACUGCUUGGGGGUGGAGAAAAACCCUGAGCCCAUAGGAGGAUCCAAUUAUGAGCGUCAGAGUGGACCAGUCAAUGAGAGUAGACUAAGAAGAGGGCCCAUCGCUUAGUAUUAUAAAUGUUAGAAGCAAAUCAUAAAGAACCUGGGGGUGUGUCUCAGGGUAGGAAUGACAGCCAAUGACAAGCGGCCAUGGGCGUGGCGCUGUCAAACUUCUCUGGGCUGGACCGAAGAGACCAAGACUGGGAUGGUACCCAAGCCGAAGCCAAUGAAAAGCCGCUAGGUGGGCGGGGAGUCUUCCUAAGGCUAAGGGUGGAGCCAAUGAGAAGCGGCGCCGCGUCCUCACUGCCUCCGCCUCCGUGGGGCGCGCGCCUGAACCACGGGCAGCCGUUAGGGGCGGAGCCUGCAGCCGCCCGCGCGCGGCUCGCGCCCUCCCCUUUGUGUCGCCAUGGCGGCGGCAUCGGCGACAAGGACGACGACCGAGGGGUCCAGCGUCUGAGGAAGCCACGCGACCAUGGUGGCUCGAAGCACUGACAGCCUGGACGGCCCAGGGGAGGGCUCAGUGCAACCCCUGCCCACCACAGGGGGGCCCAGUGUGAAGGGGAAGUCUGGGAAGAGGCUCUCUGCUCCUCGAGGUCCCUUCCCCCGGCUGGCUGACUGUGCCCAUUUCCACUAUGAGAAUGUUGACUUUGGCCACAUUCAGCUCCUACUAUCUCCAGGGCGUGAAGGCCCCGGCUUCUCUGGGGAGAAUGAGCUCGUGUUUGGAGUACAGGUGACCUGUCAGGGCCGUUCCUGGCCAGUUCUCCGCAGUUAUGAUGACUUCCGUACCCUGGAUGCCCACCUUCACCGGUGCAUAUUUGACCGGAGGUUUUCCUGCCUCCCAGAACUUCCCCCACCCCCAGAGGGUGCCAGGGCUGCCCAGAUGCUGGUGCCGUUGCUGCUGCAAUACCUGGAGACCCUGUCAGGACUGGUGGACAGUAACCUCAACUGCGGGCCUGUGCUCACCUGGAUGGAGCUGGACAACCAUGGCCGGCGGCUGCUCCUCAGUGAAGAGGCCUCCCUCAAUAUCCCUGCAGUGGCCGCUGCCCACGUGGUGAAACGGUACACAGCCCAGGCACCAGAUGAGCUAUCCUUCGAGGUGGGAGACAUUGUCUCAGUUAUCGACAUGCCGCCCACAGAGGAUCGGAGCUGGUGGCGGGGCAAGAGAGGCUUCCAGGUCGGUUUCUUCCCCAGUGAGUGUGUGGAGCUAUUCACAGAGCGGCCUGGUCCAGGAUUCAAGGGGGAUGCUGAUGGUCCCCCAUGUGGUGUCCCAACUCCCCAGGGUAUCUCUUCUCUGACCUCAGCUGUGCCCCGGCCACGUGGGAAGCUGGCUGGCCUCCUGCGUACCUUCAUGCGCUCCCGCCCUUCUCGGCAGCGGCUGCGACAGCGGGGCAUCUUGCGGCAGAGGGUGUUCGGCUGUGACCUUGGAGAGCACCUCAGUAACUCAGGCCAGGAUGUGCCCCAGGUGCUUCGCUGCUGCUCUGAGUUUAUUGAGGCCCAUGGGGUGGUAGAUGGAAUCUACCGGCUCUCAGGCGUGUCAUCCAAUAUCCAGAGGCUACGGCAUGAGUUUGACAGUGAGAGGAUCCCUGAACUGUCUGGCCCAGCCUUCCUGCAGGACAUCCACAGUGUGUCCUCCCUCUGCAAGCUCUACUUCCGAGAGCUGCCCAACCCUUUGCUCACAUAUCAGCUCUACGGGAAGUUUAGCGAGGCCAUGUCAGUGCCUGGAGAAGAAGAACGCCUGGUGCGCAUCCAUGACGUCAUCCAGCAGCUGCCCCCGCCACACUACAGGACCCUGGAAUAUCUGCUGAGGCACUUGGCCCGCAUGGCGAGACACAGUGCCAACACCAGCAUGCAUGCCCGCAACCUGGCCAUUGUCUGGGCGCCCAACCUGCUACGGUCUAUGGAGCUGGAAUCGGUGGGGCUGGGUGGGGCAGCGGCCUUCCGGGAGGUUCGAGUGCAGUCGGUGGUGGUGGAAUUCCUGCUCACGCAUGUGGAUGUCCUGUUCAGUGACACCUUUGCCUCUGCUGGCCUUGACCCUGCAGGCCGCUGCCUCCUUCCCAGGCCCAAGUCCCUUGCGGGCAGCGGCCCCUCUACUCGCCUGCUGACACUGGAGGAAGCUCAGGCUCGCACCCAGGGCCGGCUGGGGACACCCACUGACUCUACAGUUCCCAAGGCCUCAGCCUCACCUGCAGAAAGGAGGAAAGGGGAAAGAGGCGAGAAACAGCGGAAGUCAGGGGGUAGCAGCUGGAAGACCUUCUUUGCACUGGGCCGGGGCCCCAGCAUCCCCCGAAAGAAGCCUCUUCCCUGGCUGGGGAGCACACGCGCUCCACCACAGCCUUCAGGGAGCCGACCUGACACAGUCACACUAAGAUCUGCCAAGAGUGAAGAGUCUCUGUCAUCGCAGGCCAGUGGUGCUGGCCUCCAGAGGCUGCACAGGCUACGGCGACCCCACUCCAGCAGUGAUGCUUUCCCAGUGGGCCCGGCACCUGCUGGCUCCUGCGAAAGUCUGUCCUCGUCCUCUUCCUCUGAGUCCUCUGAGUCCUCUGAGUCCUCUGAGUCCUCAGCAGCCGGGCUGGGGGCACUCUCCGGUUCCCCUUCGCACCGAACUUCGGCCUGGCUAGAUGAUGGUGAUGAGCUGGACUUCAGCCCACCCCGCUGCCUGGAGGGGCUCCGGGGGCUCGACUUUGAUCCCCUUACCUUUCGCUGCAGCAGCCCCACCCCAGGGGACCCUGCACCUCCUGCCAGCCCGGCCCCCCCGGCCCCUGCUUCUGCCUUCCCACCCAGGGUAACCCCCCAGGCCCUCUCUCCCUGUGGGCCCACCAGCCCUGCCUCACCCACUGCCCUGGACAUCUCAGAGCCCUUGGCUGUAACAGUGCCACCUGCUGUCUUGGAGCUGCUAGGGGCUGGGGGAACACCUGCCUCAGCCACCCCAAAGCCAGCCCCCAGCCCAGGCCUGCGCCCCCAUCUCAUUCCCCUGCUGCUGCAUGGAGCCGAAGCCCAGCUAAGUGACACCUGCCAACAAGAAAUCUGCAAUAAGCUGGCACUACCUGGUCCUCAAGGAGCCCAAGUCCAGCAUGGACCUGGUAUGGAUUCGCCACUGCUGCCACCACCCCUGUCUCUCCUGCGCCCUGGGGGUGCUCCACCUCCACCCCCCAAGAACCCAGCACGCCUCAUGGCCCUGGCCCUGGCUGAGCAGGCUCAGCAGGUGGCCCAGAGACAGAACCAACAGGAGCAUGGGAGCACCCCAUCUGCUCCCCACUCCCCUUUCUGCCGCUCACUGUCCUUGGAGGUGGGCAGUAAGCCCCCGGGGACCUCAGGGAGUGGGCCACCCACCCACUCCCUAGCCCACCCAGGUGCCUGGGCUCCAGGACCCCCACCCUCCCUACCAAGGCAACAAAGUGAUGGGAGCCUGGUGAGGAGCCAGCGGCCCACAGGGAUCUCAAGGAGGGGACGCAGAGGCCCUGCCCAGGUUCCCGCUUCUGUGAGAACCCCCGGCUGCUUCUCCUCAGCCCCCCGGGAGUGCCUGCCACCCUUUCUUGGGGUCCCCAAAUCAGGCUUGUACCCUCUGGCCUCCCCAUCCUUCCAGCCCAGCUCCCCAGCUCCAGUCUGGAGGAGCUCCUUGGGUCCUCCUGCACCACUUGACAGGGGAGAGAACCUAUACUAUGAAAUAGAGGCAGGUGAGGGGUCCCCCUACUCUGGCCCCACCCAGUCCUGGAGUCCCUUUCGCUCCAUGCCCCCAGAUAGGCUCAAUGCCUCAUAUGGCAUGCUUGGCCAAUCGCCACCACUCCACAGGUCCCCCAACUUCCUGCUCAGCUACCCACCACCCCCCUCCUGCUUUCCCCAUAACCACCUGGGUUAUUCGGCCCCUCAGCACCCCACCCGGCGCCCCACCCGGCCUGAGCCCCUCUAUGUCAACCUAGCCCUAGGUCCCAGGGGUCCCUCACCUGCCUCUUCUAGCUCCUCCUCCCCUCCUGCGCACCCCCGUAGCCAUUCAGAUCCUGGUCCCCCAGCCCCCCACAUACCCCAGAAACAGCGGGCCCCCUGGGGCCCCCACACCCCUCACAGGGUGCCUGGGCCCUGGGGCCCUCCCGAGCCUCUCCUGUUCUACCGGGCAGCCCCACCAGCCUAUGGCAGAGGGGGCGAGCACCACCGAGGGUCCUUGUACAGGAAUGGGGGACAAGGAAGGGAAGGGGCUGGUCCCCCACCCCCCUACCCCACUCCCAGCUGGUCCCUCCACUCUGAGGGCCAAACUCGAAGCUACUGCUGAGCCAGAGCUGAGAGAGACCUUCCUCCUUUCCCUUCUCCCUCACCGAUCUUGGCCCAACCCAAUCCCUUAUUUUGUAUUUUCUUGAGCUCCUGACCCCUACCCCAGGUUUCUAACUUUGUAACUUGCUUUUGUUGUGGGUCCCUAACUUGUUAUCAUGGCUUCCCUACCCAGGGCUGAAGGGCACACCCAUCAGCUCUCACAAAUCUGAGGGCUAGACUGACACCAUGUCCUCUCCCUCCGGGAGCCCCCAGCAUGUCCUGACUAGUACACAGGGGGUAGGGGGACAGCUCCUUCCCAUCUCUUCCCACAUACCCCACUAAACCAUCUGACAAAAUUAAUGAAUAAAAAUGGUGAAAAUACGGAUGUCGGGCUCAGUGAAUAAAGAGACAGGGACAGAUGGA